GACGAGCACCACGGCAUGCUCGCCGCCGUCCUGGGCAGCGAGCAGGCGGCCAAGGACGCCAUCCUCUACAGCUACCGGCACGGGUUCUCCGGCUUCGCCGCCGUGCUCACCAACGCGCAGGCGUCCGCGCUCUCCUAUUGGCCUGGGGUUGUGCGGGUGGUCCGGAACCGGGUGCUCGACCUGCACACCACCAGGAGCUGGGAUUUUAUGAGGGUGAACCCGUCGCCUUCUGGCAGGAGUGGAAUCCUCACCGAGAGCAGAUUUGGGGAGGAUUCCAUCAUCGGUGUGCUAGAUACAGGGAUAUGGCCGGAGUCCGCGAGCUUUAGAGACGACGGCAUCGGCGAGGUUCCGAAGAGGUGGAGAGGGCGAUGUGUCGCUGGAGAGAGGUUCAAUGUUUCUAACUGCAACAGGAAAAUAAUUGGCGCGAAAUGGUACGUCAAAGGGUACGAAGCAGAGUAUGGGAAGAUGAACACAACCGACGUCCAUGAGUACAAGUCGGCGAGGGACGCCGUCGGGCAUGGGACACACACCGCGUCCACCGCCGCGGGUGCUCUGGUGCCUGAUGCCAGCUUCCGGGGCCUUGCCAGUGGUGUAGCGAGGGGAGGUGCGCCGAGGGCUAGGUUGGCUGUCUACAAGGUGUGCUGGGCUACAGGAGAUUGUACCUCUGCAGACAUCCUUGCUGCCUUCGACGAUGCCAUACACGACGGUGUCGAUGUGCUGUCGGUGUCCCUGGGCCAAGCGCCACCUCUCCCUGCUUAUGUCGAUGAUGUCUUGUCGAUUGGAUCCUUCCACGCGGUUGUGAGAGGGAUCGUCGUGGUCUGUUCUGCUGGCAACUCCGGUCCUUACUCGGAGACAGUGAUCAACUCGGCACCGUGGGUUCUGACUGUUGCUGCGAGCACCAUUGAUCGGACUUUCCUCGCAAAGAUCACCCUUGGCAACAAUAGUUCUUAUGUGGGUCAAACAAUGUACUCUGGAAAGCAUGCUGCGACAAGCAUGCGUAUAGUAUAUGCUGAAGAUGUUGCAUCUGAUAAUGCUGAUGAUUCUGAUGCAAGAAGCUGCACUGCAGGAACUCUGAACGCAACUCUAGUAAAAGGAAAUGUGGUGCUUUGCUUCCAAACACGAGUACAAAGAGCAUCCCAGUUGGCAGUAGAUACCGUAAAAAAGGCCCAUGGUGUAGGAGUCAUCUUCGCACAGUUCUUAACCAAGGACAUAGCAUCUUCAUUUGAUAUUCCCCUUAUUCAAGUAGACUAUCAAGUUGGAACAGCCAUACUUGCAUAUACUACUAGCACCAGAAAUCCAACAGUUCAAUUUGGCACCGCGAAAACAAUUGUUGGGGAAUUAAUAGGUCCUGAAGUUGCAUAUUUCUCAUCAAGGGGCCCGAGUUCUCUGGCUCCCUCUAUUCUAAAGCCAGACAUAACUGCCCCAGGUGUAAACAUCUUGGCCUCAUGGUCACCUUCUGUAGCCUUAUCAUCAGCUGUGGGAUCUGUGAAUUUCAAGAUAGAUUCAGGAACUUCAAUGUCCUGCCCGCACAUUUCAGGCGUGGCCGCUCUUCUCAAAUCAAUUCAUCCUAAUUGGAGCCCAGCUGCAGUAAAAUCAGCAAUGGUCACAACAGCCAAUGUCUAUGAUGAGUAUGGAUUUGAGAUGGUAUCUGAGGCAGCGCCAUACAAGCAGGCUAACCCAUUCGAUUAUGGAGGUGGACACGUGGAUCCAAAUAGGGCCGCGCACCCCGGCCUCGUGUACGACAUGAGACCAUCUGACUACGUGCGCUUCCUUUGCUCGAUGAACUACAACAACACGGCCAUCAGCUCCAUGGUUCAGCAGCACACAACCUGUCAGCACGCUCCAAAAUCACAAUUGAACCUGAACGUCCCAUCCAUCACCAUUCCUGAACUGAGGGGCAAAGUGUCAGUGUCGAGAAUGGUCACGAAUGUCGGCCCAGCCACGUCCAAGUACAGAGCCCGUGUGGAGGCGCCUCCAGGGGUGGACGUCGCCGUGAGCCCCUCGCUCCUGACCUUCAACUCGACCACCAACAGGUUGUCGUUUAGGGUGACAUUCCAGGCCAAACUGAAGGUGCAGGGCAGGUACACCUUCGGCAGCCUGACGUGGGAGGACGGCACCCACACGGUGAGGAUCCCUUUGGUGGUUCGGACGGUGAUCAGUAGGUUCUACGUCAACGCGUGAGUAAGUAGCGAGUUGUAGUGUUUAUUUAUGGUCUGUCAUGAGAACACAAGAUGUGUCAUGUGGCAAACUCGCUAAUAUCUCCUGAUUCUAAUGGCAUUGGUGAUUG